AUGCGGCUGGUAACGGCUUUGCGUGCGGCCCUGGCCCUCGCCUCUCCCCGCGUCUCUCGCCGGACCCGGGCCCUCCGCUCGGGGCCGCCCUGCAGCCGACUGCAGCGCCCCCGCUCGCUCGCCCUCCCACUGCUCAGGGCUCUCACGUCCGGCGGCCAAGCCGCGGGCACCGACUGUUGGCGCUGCGGGGCCCGUGCGGGGUCGAGCGGUCUCCCCUUCUUCUCGGCGUGCGGGGCCUUACAGCCCCCGGACGAGUCUCGGGACUGGUUCGCGCUGCUGGGCAGCGAGCGCUCCUUCCGCCUGGAUCAGGCCCGGUUGCAGAAGGCCUACAAGGAGCUGCAGCGGCUCCUGCACCCGGACAACUUCAGCCGCGGGGCCGAGGCGGAGCGGGACUACUCGCACGGCCACUCGGCGCUGGUCAGCGCGGCCUACCAGACCCUGUCGAGGCCGCUGUCGCGCGGCCUGUACCUGCUGGAGCUGGAGGGGGUGCGGGAGGGGGAAGGCGAGCGGGUCAGCGCCGCUUUCCUGGCCCACGUGCUGGAGCUGAACGAGCGGCUGGCCGAGGCCCGGGGCCAGGCCGAGGGGCCUGGUGGCCGAGCAGCUGGAGGCGAGCUGGGGCGGCUGGCGGAGAGCGUGGCGCAGGCUUUCGACGGCGGGAGGCGGGAGGCCGGGCGGCUCCUGUCCGAGAUGAGAUACCUCUCGAGCAUCGAGGAUAAGGUGAAGGAGAAGCUGUUCCCCUCCUGACGGCUUCGGCCUCGAGACGCCACGGGGAGAAAUCAGUUUCUGGGGUAAAUAUCCAACGUGUGUUUUGUUGGCGGAGAGAGUUGAGCCGCUGAAACUUAUGCAAAGGACCUCGGACCUCGUUUCUCCCCCCACACACCGCCACUUGAUCUGCGGGGAGUUUGGUUUGGUGUGGAGAGCCUCCGGGGUACAUGGCUAUCAUCUG